AUGCAGCUCGCCAGGGAUCCGUUUACCGACAUGCAGGCGCUGGGUGAACAUGCCGAUGAGCUGUGGAAUUCUCACCAUCACAACCUGGAAGCAGUGGACGUCCAUCCAGAGGCGUUUGGAGACUUGGAGCAGGUCGGGACCGCUAUCCACCGCCUCCGCUGCUCCCAGUCGGCCCCCGCGGCAAAAUCUGGCGGCCGUUGCGCAUUACACAGCAGUUCAUCCAGACGCCAGCAAAGCUGGUUGGUGCUAUUACCAUCGCCGCUGGGGAACUGCAGCCAGGCUUUGUCGCCCACCCUGUUCGUUCUCGGGAAACUAAAGGGCCGGUCGUCAGUGAUUCCUUUGGCGGCCGGCACAAUUCAUCGCGUUUUCGCUUGGGAUCGCCGCAGUGGGGGACGUUUCCUCGUCGACACUGGUGUGGAAUUGAGUGUUCUGCCUCCCUCCAUCGCCGACAUCCGUGCAGGCAAACAAGGCCCCCUCCUCACCGCGGCGAACGGGAGUGCUAUUCGAACCUACGGGUUUCGCACCAUCCCCCUCAACUUUGGCCGCAACUCGUUUUCGUGGAGGUUCGUCAUUGCAGACGUUUCCCAGCCGCUGCUGGGCGCCGACUUCCUUCGAGCCCAUUCACUGCUCGUGGAUGUCAAGCGGUGGCGCCUGAUGCACUCUGUCACGCUGGAGCCGGUCUUCCUCCGUACUGGUGAUCCUGUAGCACGCCCUGAUGGCCCCCUGGCAGAUUUUCCCGGCAUUCUCGAACCCCACUUCCGCUCCUCCACCCCCAAGCACGGGGUGGAGCACCAUAUCCCCACUACUGGCCCGCCUGUGCACGCCCGGGCAUGUCGUCUCGCCCCAGACAAGCUCCGUCUAGUUCGGGAGGAGUUCCGCCAGAUGGAGGCGAUGGGCAUCGUGCGUCCUUCCGAUAGCCCAUGGGCCUCACCGCUCCACAUGGUCCCUAAGAAGAACGGGGGCUGGCGCCCGUGUGGGGAUUACCGUCGCCUGAAUGAUGCGACCGUCGCCGACAGGUAUCCGGUCCCGCACAUUCAUGACUUCAAUGCCCAUCUGGCCGGAGCAUCCGUAUUCUCCAAGGUGGACCUCGUGCGAGGGUACAAUCAAAUUCCGGUCCGCCCCGACGACAUGCCGAAGACGGCCAUUAUUACACCAUUUGGUCUAUUCAAAUUUGUGAGGAUGCCGUUUGGGUUGAAGAACGCCGCGCAGGCCUUUCAGCGGCUUAUGGACUGCGUGUGCCGCGGAUUGGACUUUGUCUUUGUGUACCUGGACGACAGUCUGGUGGACAGUCGCUCGCGACAGGAGCACUGCAUCCACCUCCGUCAACUGUGUCAGCGCCUCAGCGAUUUCGGUUUGGCCAUCAACGCGUCCAAGUGCCGUUUCGGGGUGACGGCUAUCGACUCCCUCGGCCACCGCGUGACUGCACAAGGGGUGGUGCCUCUGCCGACCAGGGUGGACGCUAUCCGCAGGUUCCCCCGUCCGACCACAGUUAGGGGCCUGCAGGAAUUUGUGGGGAUGGUCACCUUCUAUCACCGCUUCCUGCCGUCAGCGGCUGCAAUCAUGCGUCCGCUUUUCCACCUGAUUGCUGGUCAUCGCAGGGAGGUUGAUUGGUCCAUGGAAGCAACAGCGGCAUUCGAGAGGGCUAAGCAGGCACUGGCUGAGGCCACAAUGCUCGUCCACCCACGAGAGGACGCCACGACCGCCUUGACGGUGGAUGCUUCUGAGGUUGCGGUAUCAGACCCGUGGUCUGCCCGGCAGCAGAGGCAGUUGGCGUAUGUGUCCGAGUACACCACCUCCAUCCGGUUUGUUGAGGGCAAAUUCAACAGGGUGGCCGAUGCCUUAUCAAGACCUGCAGUCCACAUGGUUCUCCAAGUCGGUGAGGGGAUCAAUUAUUUCGCCCUGGCAGCCGCUCAGCUUGUCGACAAGGAGAUGGUCGCCUAUCCAGGGGGAAGAGCGGUCUACCUCGCCGGGGCACAGGACCUCUGCCACCAGCCACUUGCAGCCAUCAACUUGUUUGUUCCUUUGGUGCACAUCAUCUGUCCUGCUCCCAUCCCAGCCCUGCCCCAGCUCUCUGCCCCAUUCUCUUGGAAAUGUCGCUUCCGCCACUGUAACGAGGAGGGGUCCGACUGGCUGGCUUGCUCCCCGCCCAUUGAACCGGACGCGGGGGUUUCGCACGAUCUUCACGUUGGCGAUGGCAGCAGGGGCUAUGAGGUGUUAUUUCUUCAGUUUGAGUGUGGCCUCAUCCCAGCAUUGGAGGAGGGCCAGGACAGUAUGGUUGGGAUGGGAACAGAAUGGAGAAUUAAAACAGUAAGCAAACAGGAGAUCCAGCAGGCUUAUGACCGAGCACAAGUGUUCAGUGCAGUUAUCGCCUUGUCUUGGUCUAGCUUGGUCUCGCCGUUGUAA